AUGGAUGUGUGGUGUAUGGGCAGUAGAACACUCCAAGAAAGUAAAUUCACUGGGCCUAACUUCAUUCAAGUGGUAGAGGGUGUUCUAGCCAAGUGCUCAACUGAUGAAGUGAAACUGUUCGUUGGACUAGCCAGGAGGAUUUUGUUGAGGAGAAAUGAAGUUGUGCAUGGGGGUGAUCUUAUCCACCCAUCAGUUUUGCUGCGAUUGACCACGAAUGCCAUCACCGAAUAUCACCUAGCUACUGCCACGGAGGAACCAGCCCAGGUCAGUAUCGUGGAACACCCCUCACGCUGGAUGGCUCCAUAUGCUGGGUGGCUGAAGAUGAAUUGGGACGCAGCUCUCAAUCAUUCCCAGGGCUACACGGGAUUUGGGUUAGUCCUCCGAGACAGUAGGGGGCAUCUAGUUGCUGCACAAUGCGUUUCCAAACCGGGCGUUCUUACUCCUUCAGGGGCAGAGUUAACAGGGGCACUCAUGGCUGUCUACUUCUGCAAAUCCUUGGGGUUAACGAGGGUUCAGUUUGAAGGGGAUGCACAGGCAGCUGUGGACGACAUUAAUUCAUCGGUCAGGGAUAUGAGCAGUCUGGGUCACGUGGUGGACGACAUACGUACUGAAUUACAGGGAGUUUCUCUUUGGAAAUUCACUUUUGUUCGAAGGGACGGGAACAGAGCAGCUCACCUCUUAUCCCGGUUUGCGGCUUCGUAUGCGGUGGACAAGAUAUCGUGUGAUACACCACCUGUAUGGUUGAGGGAUAUCAUUUGUUUGGAGCAAAUUGCUCCGGGAGAAUAA